AUGGAUCUAAAACAUAAUUCAGUGAUUGCUCUGUAUUUGGAAGGAAAAUCGAACAUCGAAAUUCGUCGAGCGCUGCCAAAUCUUAAACUAAAUGAGAAAUUUGUACAUCGCACUAUCAAACGAUAUUCUGAGAUUGGUAGCAUUAAGAAACGCUAUGGUGGAGGACAGCGUUGUACUGCAACGGCACCAGCAGUCGUCGAAAAGGUACGUCAUCGAUUGGACAGAAAUCCAGCGCGCUCAGUAAAUCAGCUCGCGCAGGAUCUAAAGGAACUCACAGCUUUUCAACGUAGUGAACGGUUAGAGCGAUCAAAAGAGCUGAUUCGCUUGCUUGACUCUGGAGAGCUACCCAAUUUGGUGUUUUCGGAUGAGAAAACUUUCUGCGUUGAGCAUUUUCUUAACAAACCAAAUGACCGUGUAUGGUUGAAGGGACGUGUCAGCAACCAUGCGGACGAACUGCAAGUCACUCGACGUCAAGGAGCCGAUCAAAUCAUGGUCUGGGCGGCGGUGUCCGAAAAAGGCCGUUCACCGCUCGUUUUUCUACCAAUGGGUCGCAACCAAGUCAAAAUAAAUCAGCAAAUCUAUCGAUACAAAGUCUUAAUACCUGGGCUGAUACCGUGGGCACGUAACACGUUCAGUUCUGAGCGUUGA